AUGGCUGGCGAAAUGGAGCUGGAUGAUUCAGAUCUCUGGACGUCGCCCGUCAAAAACGAUCCCGAUCAGCCUCAUCCGAAAACACCAAAGACUCCUAGAACCCCUCGAACCCCACGAACGCCACCGGCAAACGACCACCAAUCUGAGCCCGUCGACCGAGAUGCAAUGCUCAAGAGAGAGCUGGACGGCGUACGAAAGAUCAAUGAGGUCAUUGAAGGUGUCAUAGGCACUCUGCAGCGGGCCGGCGGAAACAUGGAGUCCGUCUCCAAAACCGUUUCGAAUGCUUCUACGCUUCUCAAUACCUGGACUCGCAUCCUAUCACAGACAGAACACAACCAGCGCCUCAUCCUCGACCCGACAUGGAAAGGCGCAACAGAUGACUUGGCGGAGAUUGAAGCAGAAGCGCUGCGCAAGCAACAGGCUGAGGCGCGCAAAGCGGCCGAGGAAGAGGAGCGAAAAGAAGAGCUCCGGCGACGGCGGGAAGAAGACGAGCAGAGGAGAAAGUUGCCUGCAUCAGCUGCCGCUCGAGGUGCUCGCGGGGCUCCCUCCGGCCGUGGAGCUCGUGGAGCUCGUGGUCGAACAAGGAUAGCUACAGGGUCAUCAAGGAUUGCCACCCGCUCAAGGUAUUCCUCAAGUAACAGCGCUUCAGCCUCCUCAAGUAGUCGUGGCACGUCUGGUAUUGGGAGAGGGCUUGGGACGACUAGGAGUCGUUACGGCAGAGCCAAAUAG